AUGGUGCUUGUUCCUACUGUGACGAUUGCACAUGCAGCUACUACAGAAAUCGUUGUUCUAGAUCUAACGGCCAUUGCAGCCAUUUUUGCUUUCCUAGAAAAUAUUCAAGGAACGUUUGUGGUUGUCCUGCCGGAUACAAAUUGUCUUACUCCCGACGAUGCGUGGGUGUCUGAGUCACCUCAACUGUUGGUGAGCAACGCGACUAAGCUUGUUUCACUAAUAAGUGAUUCAACCGGGAACUCUCUAGAAGAUCCUCACUCACUCUCAUUUGGUUCACUAAACCGGAUGGUUGCACUGGACUACGUGAUCAAAAGUGGAAAUCAUUACAUAGCGUACACGGACGGUUCUGCUGUCAAACGCAGAGGUCUGGACGGUACAGAAGACAUUACAAUCACAAAUGGACUGCCAGAUCCAAGAGGCAUAGCAACCGAUUGCGUCACGGGGAACAUUUAUUAUGCAGAUAUGCAGAAGCCUAUAAUUGCUGUAUCAAAUACGGAAGGAACAAGUCACAAAGUUUGCUUGAAGUCUCCACAAGUGAAAAAACCGUUUUCCUUGGCUCUCAACACAAGAAAAGGAGUAUUGUAUUUCUCUGAUCUUGGAAAAGGUGGCAUUUUCAGUUACUCGAUGGACUGCACUGGUGGUUACGCACGCUACAUUGCUAGCGCUCAUGCAGCCUCUGGUCUGGCUCUUGAUGACAACGCGCAAGUACUCUACUGGACGGAAUUCUACAAGAGAGAAGUCAAACUUUAUAACAUACAGAGUGGCGGUGUCCGUGCAAUAUCUAUCACUGACAGAAACUAUUAUAUGAGGAAGCCGUUCGGACUAACCGUUUUGGGCAACUAUCUGUUCUUUACCUCCUGGGAAAAUGGGUGCAUUGGUCGCAUCCCCAAACAUGGCGGUGAAAUUCGCGCUGUUUCUUGCAACAGGAAUGCAAACCUGCAAGGUAUUUCUCACGUUCAUUCACCUUCAGUCUGUCGUCGACCUUCAGGUUCUUGUGGAUAUUGCCCUCGUCCUCGGUUCUGCAUGCUGUCCUCUGACCGACGUGGUUCUUUCGAAUGCGUCUGUCCAGAAGGAUUUAUCAGUUCCGGUUCUGGAUGUACACUACGUAAUGAGGACUUUAUUCUUGUAUCUGCACGUCACUCGAUUAUGGCACUCUCUUUGCAAGGUUCUUCUUCUUGGAUUGCUAAGCUUCCAUUGCCUCCUCAGGAAAACAUCAUUGCUCUUGAUUACGACUAUACUGGUAAGAAGGUGUUUUGGACAGACGUCAAGACAAAGAAAAUUUAUUCAGCAAAGUUGGACGGUACAAACAUGGAGGUAUUGCUGUCUCACGAUUCGAGCAGGGACCAAUGUCGACUGUGUCAUCCUGAUGGGCUUGCUUAUGAUUGGACAAAUGGACAGUUGUAUUACACUGACUAUGCUUCUGGUGAGAUAUGCUAUAUUAACGUCAAGAUGUACGGAAAGAAGACUCCACAGCGUGUGUUGAAUGGUCUUCACUGGCCCAGAGCAAUUGUCGUCGAUCCAAGAAACAGGAAGCUCUAUUUUUCUGAAUGGGGCACGGUUCCACGCAUUUCUUCCCUUUCUAUUGGAAAUAGAUAUCCACAAGCCCUGAUCUCAACCAAUGUAACCUGGCCAAACGCUUUAACCAUCAGCAGGGAUAGGUCAAAGCUCUAUUUUGGAGAUGCCGGUAAGGAUUACGUCGCCUCUUACAAUUUGUACUCGAGAAGGGUCUACCCGCUCAGCAGCACGCCUCACAUCUUUGGAAUCGAUCAGUAUACCGAGAGAUACAACCAACAGUACAUCUACUGGUCCGACUGGCAGUUGGGUGUCCUAAAGCAGUCCGUCAACGGCGGUAGAAUUCAACAGUUGGCAACAAGUAGUGAUGUCUAUCGAGCAUCAGGCAUCAGAGUAUUUUCCAGACGCUGACUACAAAUUAGGUUGAAAGUUGAACUGUUUGAGAAUUUGGAAAAUAUUAGACAUAGUUAGCAAUGCUAGGGUUGGCUAUUCUAGACAGACUUUUCUGACUAUGUUUGCAAUGCAUACAGGUCAUGUGGGGUAUGAUAGCAAGAGGAUAGUAUAGUGCAAUAUGAUAAUAAAUUUCAAAAUUGAA